AUGGAGGGUCGUGAAGGAGAAGGAGAGAAAGCGGAGAGAGAAAGGAAGGUGGACACCUCCGACGGCCUCCACCGGCGAUCGGCGAGGCUCCUGAGGGAAAUCGAGCACAAGGUUUCGGAACUGGCGGAGAUCCUGGAGGACGUUCGGGACAGGAAACUUCGGUCUUCGUUGGAACAUGGUCUGGAAAGCACGAAGGAGGCGCUGGAAGCAGCCUGCCCGAGACCUUACUGGACGGGUCAUGCCCUUAAAGGACAUCGGGUGAAUCCCUGCAAGACGACGAACGCGUCCAGCCUGAAGCUGGUGGCGAACCUAAAGGCGGAACGGCACUCCCUGUGCCAGCGGCUGCGGGAGCUGGAGGCGGAGGUGGAGCGGAUCAGGCUCUUCGGCGUCUCCACCGCCACCACCUUCCAGGGCGUGAAGGUCGACGAGGUCCGGUGCGACUGGGGCGAGGAGGACGUCCUCGGGGAAGGACGCUUCUCCACCGUCUUCAAGGCCACGUUCAGGCAGUCCACCGUCGCAGUGAAGCGGAUGAAGGCGUCGCUGCAGGAGUGGGAGGCGCGCGAAUACGCGAAGUGGGAGGCGUGCGCCCUGAACAAGGCCCGUCACCCCCGGAUCCUCCAGCUGCUCGGCGCCUUCGAGUGCGAAUCCGGGAGCCCCUGCCUCAUCCUCGAGUAUCUCCCGGCGGGCUCCCUCUUCCACCGCAUUCAAUUCGUCGACGAAGGGAUCGACCACGCCUUGUUCAGUCGCAUUUCCCUGGACGUGUGCGAAGCGCUGACGUAUCUGCACGGAUUUCUUCCACCGCUGAUCCACGCGGACGUGAAAUCCGCCAACGUUCUUCUCGACUACCAUUCCAGAGCCAAAUUGGCCGAUCUCGGCUUCACCGAUCCCAGAGCCCAGGAGGCGAGCGGUUGGAGGGGGAGGCGACCCAAGGGGGCCCUCCCCCUCAGGGGCACCCCAGCGUGGAUGGCCCCCGAGAUCAUCCUGGGCAUCUCCCCCACGACGACCAAGUCUGAUGUGUACAGCUUUGGGAUGCUCCUGUGGGAGAUGGGAACCCGGAGCAUCCCCUUCCUCUCCUUGUCCCCGCUCCAGAUCCAGGAAAAGGUGGGGAAGUCCAGAAGACCGGGGUUCCCAGACACGUGUUCCCCCUCCGUUAAGGAUCUAAUCACGGAAUGCUGGAAGCAGCGAGCAUCGGAUCGACCGACAUCAACCGAGGUGUUUAAAAAGCUGCGAGUACUGGCCCUGCCCCAGAGAUGGCAGGAGCUAUUGAAUUCCCUCGGCUGGACCGAAAGAACCCUGGAACACGUGGAUGCGUUCCGCACCUUGAUGGCCCUGAUCGAGGACAUCACCGAGACGCUCCGAACCAGACAGGAUCAGGAAGACGAGAAUCGAAAUCCAGACAUUCCUUUUAUCAAGAUCGAGCGGGAACCGAGGGACGAGGACGCGAAGGGAACCUGGGCCCUCUUGGAAAGAUUCAAGCGAGGCUUCGUCCAGCCCCGAGACAGGUUCGUGGCGCCGGGCAUGCUCGCCGACAUGACUCAAGAGGGACUGGAGCUGAUCAAAGAAGUCCUGAGCGCGACGGAAGCCUCCCCGUCCUCCGCCUCCGGCUCCUCGACCCCCUCCGAACUCUCUUCGACCUGCGUCUCCAGCGAUCAAGUAGAGUCCACAUUGCCGUGA